AUGGCUGUGAAAUUGGAUAUGAGCAAGGCCUAUGAUAGGGUGGAAUGGCUUUGGUUGGAUAAAAUUAUGAAUAGGUUGGGGUUUCAUGAGAACUGGAGGAAGUUGGUCAUUCAGUGUGUCACAACAGUUACUUAUUCAGUGAGGAUAAAUGGGAAACCAAAAGGGCAUAUUAUCCCAACUAGGGGUAUACGGCAGGGUGAUCCUUUAUCACCAUACCUGUUUCAUUUAUGUGUUGAAGGUCUUUCUUCUCUUAUUAAGAAGGUGGUGGAUGAUGGUGUGAUGGAGGGUAGCAAUACACCAUAUGAUAUUCAACAAGAGAUAAAGAGCAAAUUUGGAGCACAAGUGAUCAGACAGCAUGAGAAGUAUUUAGGCCUUCCAUCUUUAGUUGGCAAAAAUAAGAGGAAUUCUUUUAAUGCCAUAAAGGAGAAGCUUAGCAAGAAACUAGUAGGGUGGAAAGAGAAAAUGUUAUCUAAAGCUGGAAAGGAAGUGCUAAUAAAAGUUGUUGCUCAAGCCAUUCCCACGUACACAAUGGGGUGUUUUAAAAUCCUAGAUUCUCUUUGUGAUGACAUGACUAGUAUGAUUCGGAAUUUCUGGUGGGGUCAGAAAAGGGAUGAAAGGAAGAUGGCAUGGAUUAGUUGGGAUAAGCUAUGUGACUCAAAGGAAAAGGGUGGUUUGGGUUUCCGUCAACUAAAGCAGUUUAAUUUGGCUCUUCUUGCCAAACAGGGGUGGAGACUUCAAACUCAACAUGAGUCACUAGUAUAUCGUGUGUAUAAGGCGAAGUAUUUCCCAAACACUGGCUUUAUUCAUGCCUCACUUGGUACUCAUCCAUCAUACACAUGGAGAAGCUUAAUGGCUGCUCAACAUUUGGUGAAAAAAGGGGUUAGGUGGAAUGUGGGUAAUGGUGACUCAAUUUGGGUGUGGAGUGAUAAGUGGCUCCCAUCUCCAUCAACGUUCAAAAUCACCUCUCCGAGGUUGGCAAUGGAGGACGUUCGAUCAAGCAAUAGAGGUUCUAGCUCGGACCCUAGCAAAACCCGUAGAUUCUGGAAGAGGUUAUGGAGAUUGCAGGUUCCCCAUAAGAUGUUGAUGAUGGACUCACAUGAGGAAAAGGACGCUAAACUGGUGGUGACUAUAGCAUGGAUGUUGUGGUUUAACCGUAACGAGGUACGGCACGGAGGAAGAAAGAAGAGCGCUGUGGAUCUGUUUCAGUGGUCUCGUCAAUACUUGCAAGAGUUUCAGGAAGUAAAUCAGGUGGUUCCCAGCACAGGAAUGCCUUGGGUUGUUGGGUGGUCUCCUCCUCCACUUACGAGAUAUAAAGUUAACGUUGACGACACGGUAUUCACAGCCCAAAAAUGUGCUGGUGUGGGAGUGCUGAUCAGAGACUCAUAUGGGCAAGUUAUCGCUGCUCUAAGCAGGAAGUUGAACGCUCCUUUGGGUGCUCUAGAAGUGGAGGCUAAGGCGUUUGAAGUGGGGCUGGAGUUUGCACGUGAUGUGGGUGUUCAUGACUUUGUUCUUGAAGGGGAUUCACUGGUGGUUUACAACGCUCUCUGCGGUUCCUCUAUACCACCAUCUAUGAUAGCUCCUGUGAUUCGGGGUAUUUUGAUGUCUUGUGGGCCUUUAGAUAGAAUUGAUUUUUCCCAUGUGAAAAGGCAAGGUAAUAAACCUGCACACUUUUUAGCAAAGCAUGCUUUAGGCAGUGCGGACUUUUUGACUUGGAUGGAAGAGACCCCUUGCUUCUUAGAGAAAGCUCUUCUCCAUGAUGUACCUGAAGAGUUUGACCUGCCUAUGCAAAUAGCAAACCUUAUUGGGAAAACAUUUGUCUUCCAAUUGGAACUCAGUGAUUAUAAUCUCAAACAAGGAUGGGAGAUCUACACAGUAAAGAAAGAUUUUGAUCCUGUUAUGCAGACUGACAAUUCAGUUAAACUUGAUCAAAUAACUAAUUAUUAUAUGAGCAAUGCUACAAAUGAUUUUGACAACAACUUACCAAGUGAAAAAGAUGCUAAUCCUACAAAUGAUGUUCCUCAAGCUUUUCAAGCUAUGGAAAUUGAGGCUUUGGCACCUGCUCUGGCUCUUGAGUUUGCUUAA